AAACGGGAAAAUUCAAGAUUGUGGUUGUUUACAUUUUACAUCGGAUCGGAAAAUAUGAAUCAGCGAUGAGAAGACUUUCAAAGUAUUUUUGAAGCUUGUUGAGUUGUCUCAGGUGUCUUGUUUUCAUGGAGAAGAAAAGAUGGCAAGCAGUGAAAAUGAGGAAGUGAUUCCUCCAUCUCCUCAUUGUAUUCCAACUAAAUUUUCCCUUUGUAAUCAAAUUGUGGGAUCCAGAGCAUCGAAAAAGAUCGUCCGUGGGAAAGAUAAAAGGAAAAAAGCUGAGGCCAUUUCACCAGAUGUAAUUAAAAUUAAGAAGAAAGCAAGACAAGCAACAUUGCUUAGUUUUGUGCAGAAAAAGCUAAAUUCUCCUGAAAAGACCACUUCAAAAUUGGAUGCAAGAAAAAAUCUUUCAUCAAAAUUUGAGUUUAAUCCCAGAAAUGAUGGAGAUAAUUAUCAGGAAAAAAAAGAGGAAAAAAGACCAGAUUGUUGUGAUGGAACUAAUACUGAAUCUAAUGUUAUGUCUGAAACAUUUACAAAUUCAGACAUGUCUGAAAAUGCCAGUGUUUCUCAUUCUGAUUCACUCAAUUUGGAUAAAGAUGUUGGUAGUUUAUCCGAUUCAUUUUCCCUUUCUUGCAAAACAAAUGACUCUAAAACUUUUUCAAAUAAUAAAUCAUGCAACGUGAAUGUCUUUCCAGAUUCUCAGCCUUUAGAAACCAUCAAUGAAAAUAAAUGUAGUAAAGAAAAAGAAUUUAAUGAUAAGGAAGUUUUUGUUGAAGAAGGACCUGUUAAUAUAGAAAUAGAGUCACCAGUAAAGGAUGUAGAGGAAAUUAACGAUCUAAAUUGGAGUCUUCAUGAUCAUUUUCAAGGGGAAAAAUUAGUAGAUAUUUCCAACUUAACUUUGCCAUCAAUGGACAUACAGCAAACAAGAUCAUCAAUUCAGAAUUCAUCGGAGAAUCAGAAUCUGUGCGAAAGUGAAAAUUUUGAUUCAAUGUGGACCAGUAAUAUAGAGUUUGAUGAAAAUGAAGAAUGCUUGGAAAGUUUUUCCUCAACACAUUUGGGUGCUAUGAGUGCUAUGAAAUGUGUUCAUGAAGGAAACAGAUACAAAGUUGAAACGAUAAAUAGAAAUCACUCAAAAAAUGAGCUGGAGCUUCUUUUGAAACCAUUAGAAUGUAACUGCACAUGCAUCAAAAAAUGUCUUUUGCGAGGAUUUUGGGCUGACACUUUACUUCGAAGCGGAGAUACUGUGAAUGUUUUGAAAGACUUUGUAAAUGAUGAAACCAUAAUUGAAGAUUCUAGUGGAUUCCUUGUUGUAAAUCCCGACUUUCUCUUGUCAAGUACAGCAGUGGUUUCUACUGUCUUUUGCAUGAGGAAAGCUUUGUUAAACAACAUUUUGCCCAGCUGGUCUCCUGGAAACUCCUACAUGAUGGUAGGAAAUUUUGUCCAUGAUCUGUUUCAACAGGCUGUGAAUAAUCAUGCUCAUUCUAUUGAAGAACUUGAAAGCAUAAUGACAAGCAUAAUGAGUAAACCAAAGAAUUUAUUAUCUUUAUGUUGUGAUGGAGUUUCUGAAAAGGAUAUUACUGAAAAAGUUGCUAAAUAUAUACCAAGCAUUCACAGUUGGAUGAAAAAAUAUUGUGCAUAUGAUAAAGUGAGCAGUCAAGAAAAUAUUCUAGUUACCAAAGUUGAAAAUAUUGAAGAAAAUGUGUGGUGCCCAAAGUAUGGUGUGAAAGGGAAAAUUGAUGUUACUGUGCAAGCUGUUUUUCCUCGGCAAUCAAUCUCACAGCUCAUGCCCCUUGAAUUGAAAACGGGUCGUCCAUCUUUCUCUGCUGAACACAUUGGGCAAGUGAAUCUGUACACCCUUAUGUUGGAGGAGCGAACAAAAAAAGUGUCUGAUGGUUUGUUGCUGUAUUUGAAAGAUGGAGCCAACAUGAAAUUGGUCUCUGCUGCUCACAGCUCCCUAAGAGGGUUGAUUCAGCUGAGAAAUGAACUUUCAUUUUAUGCAAAAAAGUGGAUUUCACCUCUUCACCAAAAGGUUAGAGAUGUGGAAGAUUGUUUGCUGCCAAAACCCAUUGACAAUAGACGCUUGUGCCAAAAAUGUCCCUACAUCUUACCUUGCACUGUUUAUCAAAAAAUUUUUCGUGAAAAUCCUGAUAUGAAUUCAUCUUAUGCCAUGAAUUCGUUAAUACCAUCAACCACUAAACAUCUUAGUCCUUCACAUAUAGAUUAUUUCAGUCACUGGACAGAACUUUUAUUGCUUGAAUCUUCAACUUCUGCUGACUGUAAAGCCUUUUGGUUAGAAAAUCCUGUUGAACAGGAGAAGAAAGGGCUUUGCUUAAGUUGGCUUGUUUUAGAUCAAGACAUUCCAACCACGCAAGAUGAUAGAGAUGAUCUUUUCACAUACACCUUUAAAAGAUCUCCCUUGUGUCCUUUAUUGACAAAUUUCAGUGGUACUGGAAUUCAGGAAGGGGACUAUGUUUCGGUCAGUAAUCAAGAAAACUGUGAGGAAGUUGCUUUGGCGAUGGGAUACAUUGUGCAGGUGUAUGAAAGUUAUGUUCAGAUGUCUUUUGACAGAAAUUUAAAAUUGCCUGGUGAAGGCAUUAAAAUGCUUUUUCGUAUUGACAAACAGACAUCCCACAGUGCAAGUGCCUGCAUGCGCAGCAAUUUGAUUCAACUCAUGUCUGAAGAUCCUCGCUCUGAGAAGCUCCGAAACAUGAUUGUGGAUCUGCAGAGCCCUAGUUUUUCUUCUUCUCUUCCUAAAAAAGUGGUUCUGGUUGGAAAACCAAUACUGAAAUCUCUGAAUAAAGUUCAGCAGCGGGUAUUACUCAAAGCACUUAUGGCAAAUGAUUAUUUCCUCAUCAAAGGAAUGCCAGGCACAGGAAAAACAUCAACUAUUGUGGCUUUGGUGAAAAUUUUGGUGGAGUUGGGAAUUUCUGUCUUGCUCGCCAGUUAUACUCAUUCUGCUGUUGAUAAUAUUCUGUUGAAACUUAAUGAUGUGGAUUUUGUUCGCAUUGGACCCCAUUUUCGUAUGCAUGAAGAAAUUCGAAAAUUUUCUUUUCAAAACCUAACAAAGGGUUUUACAACUGUGGCAGAGUUUUCUUCUUUCAUGCAAGAAAAGAUGGUUUUUGCAACAACCUGUCUUGGAAUAAAACAUCCCAUAUUUGACAAACGGCAGUUUGAUGUUUGCAUUAUUGAUGAAGCUUCACAAAUAAGUCAGGUUGCUUGCCUUGGACCUUUAUUUUUUGCCAAAAAAUUUAUACUUGUAGGUGAUGAAAAACAACUUCCUCCCCUUGUUGUGAAUGAACAAGCUAGGUUGAAUGGAAUGCAGGAGAGCUUAUUUCAGAGGCUGCAGAAUUCAACUAACUGCAUGGAAUUGAACAUACAGUAUAGAAUGAACAGAGAAAUAAUGAGACUCUGUAAUGAGUUAAGCUAUGGAGGUGCCUUACAGUGUGGUUCAGAAAACGUCGCCAGUGCUGUACUGGAUUAUCAAAAUGUUGCUGCUUUUGAUUCUGAUAAAACUUGGUUAAUGAAGUUGUUGGAUUCAGAUUUGAAGAAUUCGUUUAAGUUUCUAAAUACAGAAACAGCAACUGUGAAAGAAGAAGAAAAGCACAAUUGUCAGAAAAAUGAUUUUGAAGCAGAAAUUGUAGUAGAUAUAUUGAGGAGUUUGUUGAAGUUUGGUGUGCAUGAAUCAAAUAUCGGAGUUAUUGCACCUUUCCGAAAGCAAGUGGAUUUAAUCAGAAACAAACUCAAAAGUCUAUCAUUGAAAGAUGUGGAAGUGAAUACUGUAGAUCAGUAUCAAGGAAGAGACAAAGAUGUAAUUUUAAUUUCAUGUGUCAAAAAUAAAGAACCUGAUCAAGUGUCUGAAAAUAAUGGACAGAUUCUAAAUGAUGAAAGAAGACUGAAUGUUGCCAUUUCAAGGGCUCGGAAAAAGCUUAUAAUCAUUGGAAACAAAGUUACUUUAUCUAAGUAUAAGCCUUUUGAAAGGCUGUUGAAGAGCUUAAGAUGUGACCAGUUCUUAGACUUCAUGUAGUAUUUUAAUACCUGUUUUAUAUUUUUAAACAUUGUACAUUCAAAAUUUUUGUAUAUUUACUAUAUUUUUAAAAUAAAAUUAUGAAUAAAAUU